AUGUGGUGGAAGGACUCGUCGAUGCUCGCGAGCUGGCAGUUGGACAGGUUGAGCAUCUUCAGGGUCAGCGCGGGCGCGACAAUCUCAAAGGUGGCGAUGGGGUUCGAGUUGAGUUUCAGACUCCGAAUCCGCUCAAACGUGCCCGUAAACUUGGAGAUGGAGUUGUGGUCGGCCGAGAGGAUCUCGAGACGCGGCAGGUCGGCAAUGACGGCAAUGCUCGUGAUGGCGUUGUACUUGAUGUCGAGCUCGCGCAGCAUGAACAGGCGGCUGAAGGUCGGCGGCAGCGCGUUGUUCAGUCUGUUGUUCGUGAUGACGAACUUCUCGAGACUGCGCAUGUUGGCGAUGUCGUCGGGCAGGCUGCCGAUCGAGUUGAAGCUGAGAUCGAGCUCGACCAGGCUGUCGAGCGUGCACAAGAACUGGGGAAAGGUGUCGAGAAAGUUGGAGGAGAUGUUGAGAUUGCGGAGCGACUGGUAG